AUGCAUCAAACAUCGUCAAGGCUACUGCGCAUGACGGAUGACGACAGGCCGUUCACCAAGGACUUCAAGGAUCUCUUUGCAACACUGAUCGUCAGUCUGCUGCCGCUUUCAGCCCAUCGCGUGCGCUUGACCAAGGUCGAGCACACCUUCCUGUCAGAAGAUGCCAUCAACAAUCUGGGCUCCCUCAAGUUCUCCCAAUCCAACCGCAUGCCCGACCCCAAAGAUCCUUCCCGAAUCGUAACGACGACAACCACCACCACAUUCUCCAUGGCCAAAGAUAUGGCCCGCUCGAUAUGCCAGCGAUUCCUGGAAGCACGUUUCAUUGAGUCCGCCGACGGCAAGUACCAGCAGGUAUACACCAUGAAGGGCUCCGUCUGGCAAUUGACACCCAAGGGCAUUUCUAUAUUGGAUCGCUUCUGUUCGAGGAACGGUAUCCAGCAGAAGCAGGUGGCAGAGCUGAUCGGCAACUCAUUACCCCAGCUCGUCAUCUUGGAAAGAGAAGGCCAGACGGAUAAGCUGACUACUGACCGUGGCACCAUCGAGGUGCUCUUCCGGAGGUUUGUCGGCAUUGGGGGAUUUAACAUCAAGAGCAACGUGAACUCCGCCGACUCGGAUUCCCUCAGCGAUUACCGCGAUGGUCUGACUGGCGUCAAGAUGGCUGCCGAGCGGAAAGUAGGAGGCAAGACUUUUAAGCACACCUUUACCGGCAAGGCGGCCACCGACUGGCUGAUGGACUGUUCCACCACCGUAGAUCGACGGGAGACCAUCGAGGUCGCCGGUUUGUUUGUCGAGUACGAGCUCAUGGAGGCUAUCCAACAGGAUCGGGCCUACAUGUCGCAGUAUCCUGGCAGCCAUCUGUUCCAACCCACAAAGCAUGCCAUCUACACGCUCACGCCAAGAGCUCACGACCUGGUCAACGGCGCAUUGUCUCGGGGGAGGAGCUCGGAGGGCGAGGUGCAAUCCGGCGGGAUCAGGCCGGGCAUUGCUCGCGACUCCAACACCCAGAGGCUGGAUAAGAUCUUGGGCGAUCCCGCGCUUCGAUUGCUCUUCCGCGAGAACCUGAGGGAGACGCACUGCGAGGAAAAUCUGUCAUUCUACAUCGACGUGGACGAGUUCGUGCGCAGCUGCAAGCAGGCCAUCCGACAAGCCCAGAAGAACCCAACGUCGACAUCUAUGGAUGGUAUCAAGGAGAUCAUGGCUCAGGCCUACGGCAUCUACAACGCGUUCCUCGCCCCCGGCUCGCCUUGUGAGCUCAACAUCGACCAUCAGCUGCGCAGCAACCUUGCCACCCGCAUGACUAAGGCAGUGGGCCAAGAUGUUGCCAUGAUUGACACGCUGCACGAGGUCACGGCCCUGUUUGAGGAUGCGCAGAACGCUGUGUUCAAGCUUAUGGCUAGUGACUCUGUGCCCAAGUUCCUGCGGAGCCCAAAAUACGAGCAGGUCUUGAAGAACUACGACUUCGAUACGAUAACGCACCCCGUCGGCAAAGAUUCCGCAGCACCUGGUCGAUUGCUCGAGCGAAGCCAAAGUCGAUCGAACCGCAAGUGA